CUGGUAACACUAAGAUAAACAAUCCCAAAUUCUCCCAACCGCCCGCAACUCGCGCUUCCGACAAUAACCCCCUGGAAUUACCUAUAAAUAUAUCUGCCAGACUAUUUCCGACUACACAGUUCCGCCGCCGGAGAGCGAGUUAAUCGAGUUGAAGCCCCGUGCUGGUGAUCUGAAGUGCAAUAACUUGUUUAUGUUUACAUAAGAAGGCAGCCGAGGCAGCAAGAACAACAACGAGGAGAAUGACGACCACGCUACAAGAAGGCAUCCUGGUGGGCUGCGGCAAUCCGCUGCUGGACAUCUCAGCCAUCGUGCCGCUGGAGUUCCUCAAAAAGUACGCCAUGAAGGAGGACGAUGCAAUCCUCGCUGAGGAGCGACACAUGCCCAUCUACCAGGAGCUGGUCGAUGGUUUCCAGGCUGAAUUCCUGGCAGGCGGAUCUGUUCAGAACUCGCUUAGGAUCGCCCAGUGGAUCCUGGGGCAGCCUAAGGUGGCUGUUUUCUUUGGAUGCGUCGGCCAGGAUAAGUACGCUGACAUUCUGGCGGAAAAGGCUCGUUCUGCCGGCCUGGAUGUACACUAUCAGGUGAAAAAGGAUGUGCCAACGGGCACCUGUGCUGUCCUGAUUACAGGAACACAUCGGUCACUUUGUGCUAAUCUGGCUGCGGCCAAUAACUUUACCAUCGACCAUUUGGAGGAGCCGGGAAAUAAGGCCCUGGUGGAUAACGCCCUGUACUACUACAUUUCGGGCUUUUUCCUUACCGUUAACCCGCCGAGCAUCAUGAAGGUGGCCGCCACCGCCCAUGCCAAUCAGCGACCGUUCCUAAUGAACCUCAGCGCACCAUUCAUAUCGCAAUUCUACAUGGCACCGCUGCUGGCCGUCCUGCCCUACGUGGACAUCAUCUUCGGCAAUGAGGCGGAGGCGCAGGCCUUUGCCGAGGCCCAAAAAUGGCCGAGCGAGGAUCUGCGUGAGAUUGGCAAACGUCUGGUGGCAAUGGACAAACUAAAUCCGUCGCGGCCACGCAUUGCCAUCCUCACGCAGGGUUGUGAUCCCGUCCUGCUCAUCCAGCAGGAUUCGGUGCAGGAAUUCCCGGUCACAAAAUUGGCGGUGCAUGAGAUUGUGGAUACCAAUGGCGCUGGGGAUGCAUUUGUUGGCGGAUUUCUGUCGCAGUUUGUGCAGGGAAAGUCGCUGGACGUAUGCAUCCGGUGUGGCAACUAUGCGGCCGGGCAUAUCAUCAAGAAUCCGGGCUGCACAUACAAUGGCAAGCCGGAGUUUGUCGAGUAAACCCGGAGAAGCGGAAGCUACAGAAACCUUACAGGCGGUGGAAAGAGGCAAGCAAAGCGCAGCAAGAUUUGCAAUUGUUAAUUAAGUAAAUGAGAGUGACUAAGACAUUUUGUUAACACUGAUAAUUGUUUGUACAUAUAACCCACACUCAGACACACCACACACACACACACACACACACACAAGCACACACACCCAUGUGGAUCAGCAAGAGUGUGAGGCUUGUGUCUUAUAGAUAGAGCAAUAUUCGAAUUUAAAUUGAUAAUAAAACAAAAGUGUGACACACACGCGAGAGAAUCACACAAGCCAACAGUUUGCACAACUUGAAA